UUCCCUAGGUUUGUGGUUUUAGAUUUUCAAACGGGAGGACUUAUCAUUGGCUAUAGGAUCAAGUUCCUGAAACUGGUCUUCUAUAGCUUGAAAAAUGUCAUUGUAACAGGAAGCGCCAAGAGCUUAAGUGUUAAUUCACACACAGUAGAGGAUAUGACGAAAGUUCCUCAGGGGUUUGAUUUCAGUUUCCUAAAUGAAGAAGAAGCCAGGAAGAUCCUUCAGGUGCUGGAAAGAAAUGAGGAGCUACAGAGGGCAGAGAAGGACAGGAUCAGCAAACUCCAGAAGACAAAGAGGGAUAUCAGAUGGCUUCAAGGAGUAACUGGUGAAUGGUUUGAAGAAGUUCAAAGGAAAAAGUUUUGCAAUGAAACAGAUGUUAGCCAAAUGUUAAAACAACCAGUUACAUACAGACUGAGAAAGGGGAUGGCAGAAAAUGAUCCUAUGGAAUUACAAACAUCAAGAUCUAAAAAUAUACCUAAUCAAAGAAACCCAACAUCCGUUCCUUCUCAGCUGAGCUUCAGAUCAUCAUUUGCUUCUCUAUUCUCAUUCAGAAAAUCCAGAAAGGAGACUUUAAAGCUUCAACCACUGGGAGAGAAAGGAUGUGACGACCACAUACCUCCUGUGUCUGUGAGGGGAACUGCUUUGCAGGCAAAAAUAUACAAUUCACCUCUGGAAAAUCAACCCAUUGGCAGUGCAUUUGUCCCCAAGCCAGCAGGCAUGAGGGAGGGAAGUAGCAUGCCUCCGUGGGAUGCUUCACUGCUAGAGGAUGAGUUUUUCCAAGUUUUAGAUGAUUUGGAUGGAAAACUGGCUCAGGAACAGUCUCCAAGCUCAUUGGAUGCCAGAACACCUCUCAACUAUGGAUCAAGAACACAGUUCAGUCGUUUUUACUCCAGUGGGAAUAAACACCGUAAUAUCACAGCAAGGCACAAAAAUUGCUGUAAUGAAACUUCUAAUAUGUCUAUCUAUGACAUCCUAAGACCAGGAACCCCUAAGGAAGGUUUUAAAACCUUUUCUCCUAGAACAAGGACAAUCUGUGAUAUGUACAAGACAAGGGAACCCAGAGUCUUAAAAGAAGAUUAUGUGCAAAAGAAUAUUUUUGGUAGUAUUUCUCUGUAUUUUGACAGCAGACAACAAUCAGCCUCACCAGCUACAGGGUAUUUCACAGCAAGAAGCUUACCUUUUUCAGCCACAACUCAGAUCAAGACUGGGUUUAUACCACCAAGCCACCAACAGAGCCCAAAGAGAACUCCUUUAUCAUCUAUCAUAUGGAAUAGAUCAGAUUCCUCUAGUGAUAGGCAGAACGAGGAAGAGUUCCUGAGGGCACCAUCACCAAUGGAAAUUGACCUUGCUGACCAGUAUAUGUAUCCCAGGUGUUUUCAGGAGGAUAGGAGAUAUGAAUUUUACCAUCCACAGAGUGUUCACCGAAGUGCCCCCAUGAAUAAUGCAAUGAGUGCUGACCCAUUUGAGAACUCAGAGAAUAUGCUGUUCUACCAUGAAGAUAACCCAUUUACUGGGUCUUUCCUUAGCAAUACCUUUGGAUGGAGCAGGGAACAGAGAUUUAGACCAAGUCCUUUUGGGGGCCAACAGGAAAAACAUUCUUCCUGGUCUGACUUUCAUCAAAGCAGGAAACCAUUCACUUCUUCUGACAGAGACUUUGAAAUGAUCUCCAUUGAAGCAAAUAGUGCAUUUUUAGCUGGUCAUUGUCAUAGUGUUCCUUCUCAACACUGGGGGUCAUUUUCUCCUAGGUACAGGACAAAUAUUUCCAGAAACCAAGAGAAGCCACAUCCCUCACAGUUUGAUUCUCAAGCAUCCACACUGGAGAGCAUGGAGGUGUCACAAGUUAAAAGGAACCAGUCUACUUAUUUUAGUGCACCAAAUGUUUGCCCCAUGCCUGGUUCAAGCUAUCACAUCAAAUCUGAUGGGUUAGAAUGUCAACAGGACAGUUCUCCUAUGGAACUACAUAUAAACAAAGAACCUUACUCAUUUGAAAUUGCUCAAACUCUAGCAUCCUCAUUCAAAACUACCUUCCCACAGAUUCCUGAUGACAGAGGGAAUCCUCAGAGUCCCAACUUUCAGAAUCCCACAGUCACUUUGCAGAAAAUUAAGCCUGCUUCUCUUCCAAUCAGAAACUAUACAGAAGUCACUGGGACCAACAGUGAUUCAGUUGAUUCUCCACCUCUGACUGAAAACCAACCCAAUAUCUUGGUCACGGAAGUGAAUAAUGAGAAAGACUUGAAUGGAUCUGUUUUGGAAAAAGACAAACAACUAAACAAGAUAGACCAGACAACCAUGACAGGUGAAAUACCCCAACUUGUUUCACAGACAGUAAUUUCUAACCCUUUACCUGAUUUUCAAAAUUUCCUCUCUCAGGACUCAGCCAAGAGCAACAGAUUUGUUUUUAAUGCAUCUACGACGAUAAGUUCAAAAAGUUUGCCUGGAGAGAUUUCCAGGAGAGAUAUCUCCAAAAUUCAUAAAGCCAAUGAACUAAAAAAAGAUAAGAGUUAUACUGGGAACAGAAAACUUGGCUCAGCAACUUCCCUUCCUUUCAUUCAGGAAAGCAAAACAACAUCACCUUCUCUCAGCCCAAAUCAAGGUUUUCACCAGGAAUUAACAGUAAGAAAUAAAGAUAUUUCAAACAUUAUUAAAAAUAACCACGGGAGUCCUGAAUGUACUGAUAAUCAAAAUGCACAGUCUUCAGAAAAGCCUGCUGUUUUAGAUACCAAGGAAGAACAAUGUACCACAACUUAUUCUACCAACUGUAGCAAGUCACCUGCCGACCACAAUGUGCCAUGUGAUUCUUUAGAUCUGUCAUCAGGUACACUACCAGAUUCCUUACCAUCAAAUGAUUCUUGCCUUGAUGCUCUGGUGAUUCCUUCUACUGCAGGGUUCUCCUGGAAAUGUCCUUCAAGCAAAGAUCUGUCUCUGGGAGAAAGAGAAGAAAAAGACAAUGAUUGCAAGAACCAAAAUAGUCAAUUUUCCCUAAGCUUCUCAGAAAACCAAAAGAGUAAUGUUAAUUGUAUGCCUGUACAUAAUGAAGUGGUUGAUGUUGUCAAAUGCCAUUCACAUCCUCCUUUCAGGGAUGGAAAGGGAAAAGGAAAAAUAAGACGACGUAUAUCCUAUACCGAAAAAUUAAGCAAAACGGAAAGUAGAUCAAUACCCACAAGUGACAGCAGUAACCUCAUUGAGGGAACUGAAAGCAAUUCCAAGCCUCCUGAGCUUCACACAAUUUAUUGUACCUUACCAAGAAAAUCAGCCAGUUUUCUCAUCAAUAACAGGAAGUCUGAAAGUAAGAAAAUGCCUUCUUCGUUUAGGAAUGAGCAACUUGCAUUCCAAAUCAAAACUGAUGUGGAAGAUCCAGUAGGGAAGUACACAUCAAACAAAUUCAGUCCCAGUUCUUGUGAGUCAGAGAGCAAAUAUUCCGGAGUAGUUUCAGACUCAGUCUCAAUACCACCUGAAGCCACAGAGGAGAUGACAAAUAUGACAAACAUUGGAUCUGCUUCUGUUAGAAAAGGACCACUUCAAGUCCUCAUCAAGAGGGCUGUGUCAUGUCCCUCAGGGGUGCCAUAUGCCUCAACUGGAAGAGAUGAAAGAAAAGAAGGUUUAGUCUCAGAUACAGAUGCUUCUAUUACAACACUAAAGCCUUGGGAGAGACUCAUUAACCCUCUGGGAAGUGACUCAUCUGUUCGGGAGUGUUCUUUAAGCAAAAGACACCACCAGAAGGAAUACUUUCAGGAAUGCACUGAAAAGAAUGGUAGAAUUUCUGCCUCCAGGACAGGUAUAUUUUCCCAUCCAAAUGAACACCCUUUACCUUUUUCUGCAGAUUUGUCAGGCAAAGAAAGUGGGAAAACAUUACAUAAAUUUAAGACUACUAGCAUGUUUUCUGUUUCUGGUGAUGAAGAUAAUGUGAAAUGUCUUGAGGUGAUUUCAAUAUACUAUACUCUACCAAGGAAACACAGAAAAAAGUUCUGUAACCUUCUUCAAAAGUAUACACAAAAUAUCGAUUCACUUACAGAAUCAACUAAAGUGGGGACUGAAAUAUCUCCUAAUGCUUUAGAAAAAGACAAACUAAAUUGUUCUACACACGAGCAGUCAGGAACACCUUCCUCUAAAGAUCUAAAGAUGCAGGUCAGCUCUGCUCAGGAGAACAGCCAUCUUUCUUACACCACUGAAAAUAUGACUGGUUUACAAUUACCAAGUUUUAGGUCCUCAGAGCCUACAUUACAGGAAAUUGCUUCUAUUGAAGCAGAUGUUUCUCUUCAUAAAGGAGAACCUAAAUCUAGAGAGGUUUCCCCACACAACUUAGCUAAAACACCUUUAUGUGAUUCACAAAGCAAGAAAGAGAAAGGGGGAAAAUUGCGAAGUGAAACCCUGUAUACUUCACUAAUGCUUCAGGGAAAAAAAGUUACAAGAGAGAAAUCUGAAAAUUGUCAGCAAUCCAUUAAAUCAGGUAACAGUGAUUUUUCUAACCUCCCAGCCCAUUCAGAAGAGAAUGUUGAAAAUUCACAAAUUAUUAGAAGUUCUGGGGAGUGUACAAGUAGUGCUAUAACCAUUACAGCUACUGGAAGUCUUCAGAAAGAUAUAACAGGUAUAGCUAUAGAUGAUAGCUCCAAUGGAUUGCAGCCUGGGGAAGUAAGAGGGGGAAUUAGAAAAGAUUUCCCAAAAAACCCUGAUAAACCACUUUCUGACUCAGAAAGCCAAGCCUUUGCUCUUACUCCAGCCUUGCAUAAACUACAGCUUGAUGAGAAGACUUGUUCAAGUGAACAAGAUUUAGACAGUUUACAGUCUGAACCCAGAGAACUACCUCAAAGAAGUCAGGAGGUAAAUAUGACAGAGAGCAAGGCUAAAGAUGAAAUGCAGGAGUUGGCAUGGAAUCAACCUUCACUUCUUGAAGGAAGUAAUAAAAGUAAAAAAAGCUUGGAUGACCUAGAAAAAGGGGAAAACAGAUCUUCAGUUAAACACAGAUUGGCAGUUAUGUCCAAAGCAAGCAGAAAAUUUCCAGCUGAAGAUUUAUACCCCAGAAGACAUGUAACUACUAUCUUUCCUCAAAGUGGGAACAAUUCUGGCUUUAGCACCUUAUCCCCUGGCACACCAGAGUGCAACCCACACUCCCCUGUGCCUACGUUAAAGUCCACAGAAUCCACAGAUGAAAGCAGGUUAAGUAAUGAUGGAGUAAAUGUGGAGAAAUCCGAGGACCCUCUCCAGGUUACUGCAAUAACCAACAGAGAAACUUCUACACACUUAAGCAAUCAGAAGUCUAACAAUAUUUCACAGCCACAUCAAAAUGAGUUUAAAAAAAUCUCAGAAUCACAACUAAAGUAUGAGAAUUCUAAGGAUGUAACAGUAGCUCAGAUUUUGGAAGGAGAGUCAGAAGCCCUGGCCCAACCCUCAUUGAUCAGCCUCAGGGAAGCAGAUUUCCCUGACCAUCAGAGGGGGCUGAACCCUCCUUUUCAAUUGGAGCCUGCAGAGAAAUCUACAGUAAGCAUGCCACUGGCCAGUUUUCAGCAACAACAAAGGAGUGCUUCAUCUCUGGAGUGGGAACCUGAGCCACACCCCUAUCAUUCAAAGAGUUUAAAAAGCAUCAAUGUGCACGGUGCUCUACUACGAAAAAGUCAUCCUCCAAAAUUCAGAGAGCGUCAUUUUUCUGAAAGUACUUCUAUUGACAAUGCCCUGAGUCAACUGACCCUUGGGAAUGAAUUCUCUAACAACAGUGGGUACAGUCGAAGAUUCAAAUCUUUUUCUGAACUACCCUCCUGUGAUGAAAAUGAAAGUUGGGCUUUGUACAACAGCGGGCCAAAAAUGGGUCCUAGGUCUGCAACAUCUAUAUCCAGACCUAUUGACUAUGGGAUAUUUGGGAAAGAACAACAACUGGCUUUCUUGGAGAAUGUAAAGAGGUCACUCACACAAGGAAGAUUAUGGAAACCAAGUUUUCUUAAGAACCCUGGCUUCCUGAAAGAUGAUGUAGUUAACCCUCCUAACCCAACAGAGUCAUCAAGUUCUAAUUCUCCUAGUAAUCAGAUGCCAAAAGAUGGCUUAUCUCUAAGUGCACCACUUAAUAUCUAUGAAGAUGAUCCAGUAGACUCAGAUUGUGACACAGACACAACCACGGAUGACGAAUACUACCUGGAUGAAAAUGACAAAGAGUCAGAACUGUGAAGCUUUUUCUAUAAAAUGUAUAACCUUUUCACCAAAAGUUUGUAAUGUAGGGCUUCCCUGGUGGCUCAGUGGUUGAGAGUCCGCCUGCCGAUGCAGGGGACACGGGUUCGUGCCCCGGUCCGGGAAGAUCCCACAUGCCGCGGAGUGGCUGGGCCUGUGAGCCAUGGCCGCUGAGCCUGCGCGUCCAGAGCCUGUGCUCCGCGACGGGAGAGGCCACAACAGUGAGAGGCCCGCGAACUGCAAAAAAAAAAAAAAAAAAAAAAAAAAGUUUGUAAUGUAAAUAAAGUGCAAAUAUGUAUGUCUACGGAAAGGACAGACAUUAGAAAAAAAAAAUAUCUAGUCUGGGCAGUUCCUGCUCUGAAACAAUCCAAAUUCUCUUUUUUUCCCCCUCCACACCCUAUAUAUAGACUUCCUGAAUUCUAGAGCAAUGAAUUCUUGUUUAGAGGGAUUCUCUGCUGUUUUCUUCCCCUGUAUAUAUCCUUGGCCUUCUGCCACUCAGCCCAAACUUAAUCUCUAAUUCACUGUCCAGUUUUGGUUUUCUGCUCUAUUUUCCCCCUAACUUUCUUAUACCUUUCAUGGUGAUUUACAACUUUAAUAUCCCAGCACAACAGCAAAACUCUGUCUUGCCUCUUCCAUACCUUAUAUUCAUGGCAUUUAAUAAAAUAUAGGGUGAUAACAAUGGAGUAAGUAUUAUUAUCCUGUCUGACUCAUCAACAUUUAGGAGGUUUAGAGUUUGGGUUUUUUGGGGUUUUUUUCUUUUGAGCAAAGAUAAGGCCAUAUCUAUAAGGACAUCCUGUUUUAUCCAUAGCGGAGCCAGGGAAACACAUAUUUGAAGUGCUUGAGAUAGUAGGUGAAGAGGUAAAUCCCUAGUAAGCCAAAGAACAUUAGUACUUCUAGGAAUUCCUUUGAAAUAGUUUCUAGGAUGGUAUAGAAGGUGGCUUUGCCACAGAAUUUCUGCUUAGGAAGGGAACAUAACUGAGGGGUAGAGAUAAGCAGACAUCCCUUCAUGAGACUGACAUCCUUACUGCAGCUCUCUCUGCAACUGUUCCUUUUUUCUUCCAUUUCUCCAGAACCAUCCAUUUAAAUUUUUUCUUUAUUUGCAGGAUAGAACACUUUUUUCCAUGUGAGACAUUUUAGUUGCAAAUGGUAGCCUUGGUCAAGUCCCUAAAGUACUACCAAGUCAGAUCUGACACCUUGGGGUUCACAGGCUUCUUUGCCAGAUCAUUUACCAGACCCUUGGAAAUUAGAAGGCAGAACUUCUAAGGGCUCGUCACUAUGAUUCCUUCAAUAAUUUAUCUAGACUAAAUAACUUGUCACACCCACUGAUAACUUGGCUUUCCUAACUCUUUAUUUGCCAUGCGGAAUUUUUGGGGUUUUCUCUCCUCCUAAUCAGCAUAAAGACCAAUAAACAGGUGGCAGUGAAGCUAAUCUGCUAGAACUACAGAAAUCAUGCCAUCCUGGAUCUUAGUACUGUGAGGGUCAGCAUGAAUGGAUUUCAUCUUGUUUGGUUUAUAUUUGCUUCCUGGCCUCAUUUUAGUUUCCAUUUUUCUCACCUAGUUUGUUUCAUCCAUAUAAAUUAAGGAUAAUGAUAGGUGUUGGGGAAGUAUGCAGAAAUUUGGAACUGAUAGAAAUGCAAGAAAGGACUAUAUUAUUAUUAUCCUCCUAACCAUUGCCUUGCCUAGAAGCAAAAUGCCAGAGCUAGUUUGCAUUGUUCCCAUGAAACUCAAAACUAAGGAAAAUGAGGUAAUUACAUGAAAGCUAUUUCUUCAAUCUAUAAAUUGUCUUAAACUUCAAGCUCUGGCCAAUCCUGACCUCAAAGAGACUGACAGUAGAAUUCUAAAUCAACUGUUCUAAACGUUUCCAUUUAAAUUUGUAUGGUGAAGAAUAAAUAACAGUUUAUUCUUUGUUUCAUGUAUGUUUGUAAAUUCUACCUUCCUUUUUCUAUUUAUCUGAUAAUUUAAAUAAAAUUCAUAAACCAUGACCUAUGUUUUCUAUUUAAUUUUAAAAUAUUCGAAGUUAAUAUUUUAAUAUUAAGAUUCUUGGUUUUUUAAAUGAUCAUUUACCAAUCUAUUUCAGUAAAUAUUCUGAGUCUACAUGUAUGUUACAAAAGGUGAGAUGAAGUUAGCUUAUUUUUCACUGAAUUUAGCCUAUAUCAACAAUUAGGUAAAUUAAAGUCAGGCUAAACAACUACUUUGGGACCCUGCUUCUCUGUACUAGAAUCUACCAUCUGAAUUCAAAGGUCAUUGAUGGCCAAUGCUCAUUGCACUAUUUGUAAUAUUUGCUUGUUGGUCUGGCUCAAAAGUCAAGCAAACAGAAAAAUUCAUGAAAAUAGCACCUUCUAUAAUUUUAUACCUUUAUAAAACACUUCAUUAAAGAAGUAUAGCAAAUGUCUAUGUAUUUUAACAUACAAACUGCUGCUUUUUAAUAUUCAUUUUUGGUAUAGCUAUAAUAAUUUAUAGUAGUCAUUUUUAUACUCAUAACUCGUUUUCUAAAAUAUAUAAUCAUCAUUAAAGUAAAUAGUCGCAUAAAUGGAGUAAAUAAUGAAGAAAUCAAUAUUAAUAAGUACCUGGUAAAUUAUUAACUUGUUUAAAUGAUAGACUUCUAUAGCCAUAAAUUUUACAUGUAAAGUCCAUUUAAAAUAGGGCUUAGGGGCUUCCCUGGUGGCGCAGUGGUUAAGAGUCCGCCUGCCGAUGCAGGGGAAGUGGGUUCGUGCCCCGGUCUGGGAGGAUCCCACAUGCCGCGGAGCGGCUGGGCCCGUGAGCCAUGGCCGCUGAGUCUGCGCGUCCGGAGCCUGUGCUCCGCAACGAGAGAGGCCACAACGGUGAGAGGCCCGCGUAACGCAAAAAUAAAUAAAUAAAUAAAAUUAAAAAUAAAAUAAUAAAAUAAAAUAGGACUUAAUGAGAUUAUUUUAAUUUUUAGAGACUUCCCUCUAAAUAAUUUACUCCCUUAUAUUGUAAAUACAUCGCUGUUAAUAAAACUCCAACUGCUGCUAACAAGGUUUUGGCUGAUGAUAGGCUAAUAAAAUCUGCUUUGUGUAGGAGGUACAUGUGUGCCUGUACUUGAGGUGGUGAAAGAAAGUCCACUUACGUUAUGGUAAAGCUAGGUGUCAAACUGGAAUAUCCACAUGUCCAUAAAAGUAAUAUACUCCAUUGAAUACCAGAGGGUUAAAGAGGCCUUUUUGCUAAGAGUUUAUUGUUAAUAAUAGUAAUAAUGCUUCAGAAUAACCCAUUUAAAUGUACAGUGUAGAUAUGUAAAUAUUUUACUUUGAGUCUCUUUGUGACUGGCACUUCUGUGUUUCUGAAACAUGUAAUAAGCCUUAAGCACUUUUGUUUAAAAUGUUGUCAAAUAAUCCUUUUAUGUACUUGUUCUCAAACCUGUUCCCUAGAUAUGAAAUGUGUUACAAGACAAGGUACAAAUUUGAAACAAUGCCUGUGUUGAAAUAAAUGAU